CAUUUAGGUGGGCCACUGAGUGAAGCUAGUUUUGUAUGGCUUCUUUGGUCAUUCGACUUUAAUGAUGCCCAUCCCGAACUCGUUGCACAAUACCCUAUCAUGAACGAUAUCUAUUUAAACAUGCAAACAUUAUGGGAGCAUUAUACAGCUCAUUAUCUGUAUGCAGCAGGAGCUAUGAUCAUGAGUUGGGUACAGAUAUUUGCUUUUAGGAAUCAAAUCCACGGACCACUACCAUUAGCUACAAAAAUUGUAUGGUGUAUAGGUACUAUCGUCUAUGGUCUACUCUUGGCAGCGGUGGCGAUUGAAUUUCCAAAAGGAUUAAUUGUUGGUGUAGUGUAUACUAUUGUUCUCGCGGUUGCAUGCACAAGCUUAAUCCUAUUGAAAAGGCAACGUUUACCUAGGGGCGGUUUAUUUACAAUGGGGAGACGUAUGGUUAUCCAAUUUUAUUUAGGCGCAUGUAUCAUUGCCUUCGUUAUCAUCAUCAUUUGGAUAGGGAAAUUUGGGUUGUUAAAUAGAAAGGCCGCUGGCAUCGCUACCUAG